UAUUAUUAUUAUUAUUAUUAUUUUUUUUUUUGUAACAAUUUUAUUUAUCUAUAUUGCGUUGUAUCAUUAUUUAUUAUAUUAAGUAUCAUAGAAAAUGGAAUCCUGGAUAAAUCUUGAAAACAAUAUGAAUGAAUCUGAAUCCCAACAACCCAACACAUACACUGAAAUAGGUGUAGAAAGUUUGUUUGUUUCAAAUAGUGACAAUUUAUCACAGGACCAAUUACAACAUGCAUCAAAAUUAUCAAAUAAUGAAACAAAUAUAAAUAGUUUGUCAUUACCCACCAUAUCAAAUGAUGAAAUCUUAAACAUGUGGGAUAUUCUAAAAUCUUGGAACCUAGAAUGUGUGUAUCAAACUUGUAUAGAUCAACUUAUAGAUACAGAUGCAUUGAAAUCUAUGAAGAGCAAACAUAUAGGAUUAUUAUUAACAAACUUUCCACUUGGAAUACAUAUUAAAUUUGAAAAACAUUUAGAAGAGUAUCAAAAAAAUCAAGGACAACAACUCGAUAUUUCAAUAUUGAAACCUAAAUUAAUAACUGAAACUCCAGUCCAAAAUUUAACUUUACAAAAUACUAAGCCACCAGCAGUUGGAUUUGAUCUAAAUGACAUUUUAAUCAAAAGUACUCAAGGUUCAAUGAUAAUAGAUUAUUACUAUAAACAAAAAAAGUUAAAUGAAUCGUCUCGCUCUUUAUUGGUGGAAAUAAUCAUAAAUGAUCUAAUUAAAAAAAACAGAACCAUGACAAUAGAUUUAGCCGAUAAUAUAUCGAAUGCCAUUGUCAAAUCAUUUCCAACAGAAAUAAAGGAUGUAUAUUUCUUAAAAGAUUUUUCUUGUAAAGCACCAAAGGGAAAAGUUUAUGCCAAAUAUUUCAACACAAUGAAAAGACUCAAAGAUGUUGGUUUAAAAUCUACCAAAAAGAUAUUUGAGGAUAAAAAUAUUUUAAGUAGAUCUCAAGAUCAAGUGGAUUUUUAUUUGAACGAAUUAGCUGAAUUAUGUAGUUUGAAGGGAACUACAACGGGAGAAGACUUAUUUAUCGAAAUUGACAAAACAUUUAAAAAACUUGGAUUAAGUUGGAACAAACUAGUUAGUGUUACUACAGACGGUGGUAGAAAUAUGAGUGAAUUAAUAAAGGAUUAA